AUGAUGACUGAUUUUGAUGGCUGGAAUGUGAAAGAUUCUGAAAAUGAUCCUUUCUCCUUGGACAGUACUAAAAUUGAAAAAUUGAAGAAUGAGCUUAUCCUUCGUGGCGAUUUCGACUUAGACCAAAAUAAUAAUCAGGCUGUAAACUCGGAAGCAGUUCCUAUUCAAGUUCUUUCUUUAUUCAGUGCUGUGAAUUCAGCACUUACAAAUGUUGAAAAGACUGAAACUGACUCUUCUCAUAUACAAGCAAAGCUAGAAGAUGAUCCAAAAAGCCGUGUUUUUGAUAGUCAUUCCGGCGUUCCAGUGAAUAGAGGAAGCAGAAAACGAAAAAACAUAGAAGAACUUGUUUCAAGAGACUCCACACAGGAUUUAAUCAGUAAGAAUCUUAAUUUGCUUUAUCGCUACAAAUUAGACAAACGGGUUGACAUUAGGUUAAAUGAAGUUAACAAAAACGUUAACAAUGGAGGAAGCCAGUAUAUUAAAAUUACGUGCAGACAUGCCUCUGUCAUUCAAAAAUCAUAUGGAUCAGAAAAGAGAUUUCUUUGUCCCCCUCCCAUCCUAAUGAUAGAUGGCCCCUUCCAAUCUUUGCUCGGCAUAUCUUUUCGGGUUGAAAUUUCUAUCAUUAAUGAAGAAGGACAGUAUUCACAAACAGUCGGUGAAGUGUACAAUAAUCAACGCUGUAUGGUUUUUCGCUCAUUACAUGUAUCAAGUUUAGCAGCUGCAAAGUCUAGAAACCUAAAACUCUCCAUUGAUUUUUUUUCGACAAUUACGGACCAAAAAGUAUCGCACUUUGUGACCUCCCCUAUUGACGUUGUUUCCAAACCAGCUAAAAAGGGCACGAAGUCUAAGGUGAGUCACAUAACAUUGCGCUCUGGCUCUAUCAUAAACCUCUACAAUCGUAUAAAUUCGCAGACCGUCCGGACUAAAUAUACGACAUUAGAGAAUGGAAAUUUUUGUCUGAGGAGUGAUGGCUGGGCGCCAUUACGCAUUCAUUUAAUAUCUACAUCAGCGGAGAGUAACGUAGAAGGAAUGAUAAAUAAUUCUCUAGAAGCAGUUCCUAUUAGAUAUGGUUCCGUUGUUCAAUUACAAGAUGAAUCCUCACAGAUUAUGAGUGAUCCUCUAAUUAUUCGCCGGGUAGAAAAAGAUGAGAUUGCUCAGGAUGAUGGAUAUGUCAAUCAAAUGCACCGCAUUGUUUUAGAAAGCUCAACUACAUUAUCAGCAAAUUUGGCAUUUGGAUUUAGAGAUACAAAAAAUGCUUUUAUGCAGGAUGAUCAAGUGCAAUCUCGAUGGUUUUUAGGUGCAACCUCCGCUCAAUGUAAAAAUCUACCUAAUGAAGCUGUUGUACCGGUAGAAUGGGAGCCAAUACAGACUUUAAAUGAUGGCCUUGUCAAAAUACGAGACUCUGUUUGUUGGACUAUUGUUGGAAUCUCACAAUGCGAUUGUUCAAUUCUCCGACCACUCCAAAAUCAAACUUCGUUACGACAAUUGAAUUUACCAUAUGUGAAGGCUCCUCCCGUGUAUUCACCCAGCAACAAGUCUUUAGAGUUAACUGUAGCUGGAUUUUCUCCAGACUUGCAAAUCUGGCUAGGCAAGUUGGGGCCUUUCGACUACACGAUAUUAGACGGAACAGAAAAGAAACCAUCUAUGUAUGUUAGGAUAUUGGUUAGUAUGAACUAUAUUUGCACAGAAGUGAUGGCUUCCAAUGUUCUUCCUCUUUUAUUUGUUUAUUCAGACGGUACUGUUGUUUCAGGAGGAUACGAUAUCACACUUCCUUCAAGGCAUCUCCUUGGAAAAAGUCUAUGA